UCAGUACGCUUCCGCUGUCUGCCUGGACUCUUGGCUCUGUGGCCCAGUGCUUCUGCAAAGACAAAGAAGAAACCCUUGCUGUCGUGCAAGCCCCAUUAUUAAUGUCCUAGUCGUUCGGCUGAGCAGACGCGGUGGCACAGCAUAACUUGUUGUAGCAUCGGCCAAGGCGACAAGACUCUUGAGCUUGCCUUCGUCAGGAGCAUAAUCACCAGGGAACAUCUAGACAAGCAGCGGAGGAGGGAUGUUGGCGUCUCUUUCAUCUCACAUCCGCCGUAUCUCCGCAGUCUUUAUUCUUGGUUGACCGCCCGUUUAGGAAGCGAUCCGGUUGAGAUCGCAGAUGCUUCAAACGACAGGCCCCGAAGGCGUGAGUACGCCGAGAUCUGGCCUUGCACCCACCAGAUACAUAAAUGCGACGUCCACACACCUCCUUUCCCUACCCGUACUCCUCUGUACUCGCUAACCAGCGCUAGAUCGCAAGAUCUUUACCACUACAUCGUGCCAUGCUCCCUCAGCUCUCACUCCUCGGGCGUGUUUCCUCAUCCGCCGCCACUAGACGAUUGUUGUCGACGUUGGUCGCCUCCCACGCCGCGGGAAACCUUCACUUCGCUCUCCGAAAAUCCGUUCUUCCCACUCAUCUACCCUCGCUCUCAUCGUCGCCACUGCUGAACACCCCGAACGCACCCAUACACGCUCUCCCUUCUUCGUGCGAACUGUACGAUGGACGUGCAAUGAUCAACCGUCCACGGAUGGUAUCCAGCACUGAGAGCCUGUUCACCUCCCUCCCCGAACCCGAGACGUACGACGGUCCUGCCUGGACGCAGCACUGUCACGCCGCUGGCGAUGCUCUCUUGAUUACUCAAAUCACUCUUAAUGUCCCCUCAAAGCACGUUCGCGCUGGUCGUCGUGCUUAAAUCACAAAAGUUAUGCAUUGGGUUCGGCGAUGAUUAGAUGCUAGAAUCACCGCUUGGCUCGUGCUUGUACCAUUGUAUACCCUGUACACUAUGUGCACAUUAUCUGGAUUUUCUACAGUUUUUAGGGUCAUAGACAUGCAUGUUACAGUUAUAGAGCUCAUAUGGACAUUAGGGGAAUAGAAGAUCAAUUAUAUGUUGUAUUAUCACCGCUCAGUCGCUGUUGGAAAAUGUCCUCUUCGACAACAUUGACUCGACUUCAAGAGGGGAGGGAACUGCUGCGAUAUACACAAGAAAAAAUACCGAGGUGAAUGUGGCGGUGGCGUAC